AUGCUGCAACCUCCUCCUCAAGCGGGUGCUGCCACCAUCUCGCAGGCCGUUCCCCCGCAAGUGCUCCUCGCACAGCAGGCGGCGGCGGCUGGGCCGCGGCAGAAGGGAGAGUCCAAGCCAAAGCCGCAGGCGGCAGGCACCGCGGCAGCCAAGAAGGCGCAGCUGCCUGGCGUGCUGCCGCGCAAACCGCCAGUGGCCAGCCGCGUCGCUCCUGCGCCAGUAUACUCGGCGCCGCGCACAAUGUUUGAGCCUCAGGAGGAGGAGGAGGCCAGGGGCCCCAAGGAGCUGCCACCAGGCAUGACCCUGGACAUGUUUAUGACUAAGGCGCAGAAGAAGAACCUGCGCAAGAAGGCCUCAAAGGCCAAGGGCGCAGAGGCGGGCAGCGAGGCGGGCACGGCCGCCACGGAGGACAGCUUUGGGGAUGUGCAGAGCGAGGUCGCGGCCGCUGGCGGCGGCGGCGACGGUGGUAGCAACGGCGGCGGCGGCGCGAGCGGGUCGGCGGUUCAUGUGGACCCGGCCUCGCUGCUGGGGGGCAACGCUUUCGUGCGCGACGUCAGCAGUUACAACCGCCUCCUGGGGCUGUACUGCGGCGAUUCGACGGACGACGAGGAGGAUGGCGAGGAGGAGGAGGAGGAGGAGGAUCAGGGGGCCGCCCUUGAGGGCAGCGACGCGGUCAGCGUUGAUUCGAGCAGCGCCGCGCGAUACUCCUCGUACACGCCGCGCGCGAAUUCGUUUGGCGCUCUGACGGCGCACGCCGAUCCCCGCGGCGGCGGCGGCUCGUCGGCCGCCGCCGCCGCGGCCGUAGCAUCGGCCGGGCGCGCGUCGGUGUCGCCGCCGGCGACGCCGGGUUCUACCUACGCAGCCAGCUACGCCGCGAGCUCCGCCUCUGGGGCGGCGGCGGGGGCGGCGGCGGGCGAGGAGGAUUUCUCGCGCCAGAUGCGGGCCGCGAUGCAGGACUCUGAGAGCGAGGCGCAGGCGAGGCUCGCGCGGGAGCUGCAGGAGGAGCGCGCAGCGCUGCAGGCGUUCGAGCGGCGCACAGCGGCGCACAUCCCAAUGCCGGUGCCUGUGCCCACGCCCGCGCCCGUGCCCGUGCCGGCGCGGGCCCCCCAGGCACCCACGCCCCUAGCGGCGGCGCCGGCGCCGCCGCUGUCGCCGCAUGAGGCGGUCGAGCGGCUAGUGGCGCGCAUGUUUGAGGCGCCGGCGUUUGCGGGUGUGGCGCUGCGGUUCCUUGACUCAUCUGAGCAGGCGCGGCUCGGGGCCGCGGCGGCGGCGGCGUACCCUGAUCUGGUCUCGGCGAUUGACAGCGGCGAUGCGGCCGGCUUUCUGGCCAUCGUAGAGCACGGCGGCGCGCCCGCGUUUGCGCUCGCGCCGCCGACGCCCGCGGUGGGGGCGCCGGCGCCGGCGGCCCCAGCGCACGUGCAGUACGUGGCGCCCCACUAUGUGGGCGUCCCUGCCGCGCCCAUGCUCGCGUACGCGCCCGCCACGGCUGCAUAUGGUGGCGCGGCGGCACAGGUGGCUGGUGGCGACGGCGACGGCGACGGCGACGGCGAUGAUCUGGAUGAUCUGCUGGCGCUGUGCGGCAUAGAGGCGUGA